GUUGAACUUUGUUUAUGUGUAACUGUUGAAUAUAAUGUUUUGGGAUUUUCAGUUUAGUUCUAUAACUUUUUCAGGUUUUGGUGAUAAAAUUGCUCAAAACUUUGAUGCUAAUACAUUGCCUAUGGAUGUUGUGGCUAUAGAAGAUGAUGAUUUGUCUUUGGGAGAAGUUGAUGAUUUGUCUUCGCGUAAAUAUGUAUCUCCAGGUUCUACAACGUAUUGGUUGCCUUGUAUGGUUGAUAGUAAACCUAAUGUUGGAAAAUCAUUUAGGAGUAUAGAUGAGGCUGCGCAUUUUUAUGUUGAUUAUGGUCGUUCUUGUGGAUUUGAUAUUAGGCGUGGUAGUGAGAAGCGAUAUCGAGAUGGACGUAUUCAAUCGAAACGUUUUCACUGUUCACGAGAAGGCUUUUAUUCUAAAAAUGGUGAGAAGAAUGAUGAUGGCUCAUUUUGUUCAAAACAAAAGAGGAAAAGUAUGUUUACUAGAUGUGGAUGUCCUGCUAUGAUUGUGGUGAAACAUACGAAGGGUUCAAUAUAUGAGAUUACUUUGUUUAUUGAACAACAUAAUCAUAGGUUUGCUAGUGCUGAUGGUAAGAAGUUUUUGAAGGCAAACCGGUCAAUGACUGUUGCACAUCAAAAUUUUGCAUUUGAUUGUUCAAAAGUCAGAAUAGGUCCUGCUCGUGCGUUUGGUUUAAUGAAAGAGUUUGUUGGAGGGUAUGACCAGAUUGGGGCAACAGUUGUUGAUUUUAAAAAUUGGAAUAGAGACUUGAAGAACAUAAUUGGGAAUGCAGAUGCACAAGUAAUAUUGAAUAAAUUUCAAUCUUUGAAGGAUUCUUCUAAUGGCAGAUUCUACUAUGAACAUGAUGUGGAUGAGUCUGGAAAAUUGACAAAGUUAUUUUGGGCAGAUUGUGUUGGUCGUAGAAACUAUGAUGUGUUUGGUGAUGUUAUUUCAGUAGAUGCCACAUUUAGUACUAACAAGUAUAACAUGGUUUUUGUUCCAAUCUGUGGUGUUGACAAUCAUAGAAAGUGUGUAACUUUUGGUGCUGGUCUACUUUCAAAAGAAGAUAUAGCUCAUUACAAAUGGAUUUUUCAAGCUUUACUAAAUUGUAUGGGGCGACAUCCAUUAUGCAUAUUGACUGAUCAAUGUGCUGCAAUGAAACAAGCAAUUGCUGAUGUGUUUGAUAAAGAAAAGACAAGGCAUCGUCUUUGUAUGUGGCACAUCAUGAAAAAAUUUCCAUCCAAGGUUGGUGUGGUAUUGGCAAUGGAUGGUGGAUUUUUAUCAAAGCUUAAACCUUUUGUAUGGGGUGAAAAUUUGGAUAUAUCUGAGUUUGAAGCUGGUUGGAAAUCUUUGAUGGAUGAGUUUAAGAUGACUGACAAUGAGUGGUUGUGUGAUAUGUAUAUAUGCCGACAUUUAUGGAUUCCAGCAUAUUUCAAAGAAGAUCCUUUAUUAGGAAUAUUACGGACAACAUCUUGGUCAGAAAGUGCAAAUUCAUUUUUUAGUCAUUAUCAUCAACCUGGUGAUACUCUAUCUCAGUUUUAUCUACGUUUUGAGACUGCAAUGGAUAAGCAACGUAAUAUCAAUUCAGACUUGAAUCAUAAGUCUAAUGUUGCGUUCCCAAGUACUGAUACAGAACUAUUUUUGGAGAAGGAUGCUGCAGAGUUAUACACACGUGAAAUAUUUUAUAAAUUCCAGAAACAAGUACGAGAUGCUUGUUUCCAUUUGGUAAUAAAGGAUAUGAGUGGUGUUGAAGUAAAGAAGUUUGUUUUACAUGAUCUUAAAGCUGCUAAAGAAUUUCAGGUAUUUCUGAAGUACUAGUAGAUUGCAUUUGAUUAUUAUUUAAUGCCUUUUUUAGUGUAAUUUAUUUUUUAUGUUUGCAUGUAUUGUAUAUUUCGUAUACAAUG